AUGGAAGAUGAAAAAAAUGAUUAUAACCCAGAAGAAGAAGUAACUACAGGAAACUGGAAUACUCCAAAAAUCGAAUUGAAAGAAGUUGAAAUAAAAACAGGAGAAGAAGAUGAAAGUUUAUUUUGGUCAGGACGAUCGAAAUUGUAUAGAUGGGUAGAGGGGGAAUGGAAAGAAAGAGGAUUAGGAGAAUCUAAAUUAUUAUUACAUAAAAAAAAUGGAACAAUCAGAUUUUUGUUAAGACAAGAAAAAACUUUAAAAGUUGUUGCAAACCAUUAUAUAUACCCUAACAAAUCAUAUUGUAAACUUGUACCAAAUGCCGGAAGUGAAAAAAUAUAUGCAUGGACUGUUAAAGAUUUUGCUGAAGAGCCAAAAAUCGAACAAUUCGCUUUAAAAUUUAAUACAGCAGAGGCUGCAAAAUUAUUUAAGCAAAAAUUUGAUGAGGCUGGUAAAAUUAACCUCAAGUUACUUGACGACAAAUGCGAGUUGAAAACUGAGAAAGUGGAAGAAAAGGAAAAAGAAAAAGAAGAAAAAGAAGAAAAAGAGAAAAAGGAAGAAAAUGACGAAAAAGAGAAAAAGGAAGAAAAGGAAGAAAAAGAAGAAAAAGAAGAAAAAGAGGAUAAGCCUGAUAAGGAGAAAAAGGAAGAGAAAGAGGAGAAAGAAAAAAAAGAAGAUAAGGAAGAAGAUAAAAAAGAAGAUAAGGAAGAAAAUAAGAAAGAAGAUAAGGAAGAAGAUAAGAAAGAAGAUAAGGAAGAAGAUAAGGAAGAAAAGGAUAAAGAGGAAAAUAUUAAAAGAGAAGAUUAA